AUGAUGAAGAACAUGAAGCUCUUACUCUUCUGUUUCUCCGUCUCCCUCCUCCUGAUCGCCUUCGCCGAGGCUCAAGGCCAUGAGGGCCAUUCGCAUUCCGGGAAACCGAAAUGCGAAUGCUCUCACGACGACGAUCAUGAAAACAAAGCCGGAGCUCAGAAAUACAAGAUCGCCGCUAUUCCUUCCGUUCUAUUAGCCGGAGUAAUCGGAGUUCUUUUCCCUCUCUUAGGAAAAGUCUUCCCUUCUUUGCGUCCUGAAACAUCUUUCUUUUUUAUAACCAAAGCUUUUGCCGCCGGAGUUAUCCUCUCUACCGGAUUUAUGCACGUUUUACCGGAGGCUUACGUGAUGCUUAACUCGCCGUGCCUCACGUCCGAAGCAUGGGAUUUUCCAUUCACCGGAUUUAUUGCUAUGGUGGCUGCGAUCUUGACGUUAUCCAUUGAUACAUUCGCCACUUCGAGUUUCUAUAAGUCGCAUUCUAAGGCGUCGAGGAGGAUCGCUGACGGAGAAGACGGAGUGGAGAUUUCCAGCGAGUCCACCGCCAAGAUUCAGGUUCUUCGAACCAGAGUUAUUGCACAGGUAUUGGAGUUGGGAAUAAUAGUACACUCAGUGGUAAUAGGAAUAUCACUUGGAGCUUCACAGAGUCCAGAAGCUGCAAAAGCUCUCUUCAUUGCCUUAAUGUUUCACCAAUGCUUCGAAGGUCUUGGUCUUGGUGGUUGCAUUGCUCAGGGAAAAUUCAAAUGUUUAUCGGUAACAAUAAUGUCAAUGUUCUUCGCUUUAACGACUCCGUUAGGAAUCGCUUUAGGAAUGGGAAUAGCAAAUUCGUACGAUGAAUCUUCACCAAUGGCUCUGAUCGUUCAAGGAGUAUUAAACGCUGCAUCUGCAGGUAUUCUCAUCUACAUGUCUCUGGUGGACCUUCUCGCAGCAGAUUUCAUGCACCCUAAAAUGCAAUCCAAUACUGGGCUUCAAAUUGUGGCCCAUAUUUCUCUCCUUCUUGGUGCUGGCCUCAUGUCUAUAUUGGCCAAAUGGGCUUGA